AUGCACUAAAAAUCAUAACCUUCUCUUCCUUCAUUGCACAUAGUUACAAACCCAAAUAUAAGUUCUACCAAAAGGAUCCACGCAAGAAUGAUUAUUGAACCAAAUGUCAAGGAUAUUCUAUCAUUGCCUAAGGGACAAAUAAGAGGAUCGCAGUUUCGAAGAGUCCCAUUCAAGGUGAAUCCGAAAGUUGUUCAAGCCUUCUCUCCAUUUUAAAGCUAUUCAAUUAUUAGUUUUCGUGAUUUACUUUAUGAUAAAGAAAAACAGGAAAAGUAACUGUAAAAGUUGAAGGAGAAGAAACAAUUAGAAAAACUUAAGGAUGUUCAACACUAGGAGAAGAUUAAGUAUUUCUCAAAGGAAGAUGAAAACAAUUAAGAUAUAAUUGAUUCAAUAAUGUGUAAGGUAAGAAUGGAAUUAGGACAACAACAGUAGACUAAUUUUAUAACUAAUUGA